CCACGGCUCAGAGGCUCGAUUCCACCCCCACUCCUGCUUUCCCCACUCCAUCUGUUGAUUCCCACAGGCAGUUGAUAGGCUUUUCCUCCUAUCCAGAGAUCGCGUCCGUCUACACCGCCUACGAGCCACCGCUACCUGUCCAAGGGCAAGGGUCUCAUACCAUUUCACGCCUACCCGAACUCUCCAGCUCAUAUUCCGCCACGCGCACAUCCCCAUCUGCAAACUCCAACGCCAUGUCCUACGUCAACAACCAGCCUCAAGCCACGACCCAGAUGCAAGUCCUCCCAGGGGGUAACCGUAAUGCUUCCAACAAGUCCUACGGCCCCAACGGCGAGCGCGGAUGGUCGCACGGGAUUUGUAGCUGCUUUGGAGACUGUGGCACCUGCUGCCUGUCCUUCUGGUGCCCUUGCAUCGCCUACUCGCAGAACAAACACCGCCUCGAGCAUCUCGAGCAGCACGGCGCUCCCCACCCUGAAGGAGGCGAGUCCUGCACGGGCGACUGUGCGAUCCACACGCUCCUGAACUGUUUCGGCUGUGGAUGGGUGCUCCAGAUUGGCACGCGUAGCGAUGUGCGCAGGCGAUACCGCAUCCGCGGCAGCACUUGCGGCGAUUGCUGCACCGCAUUCUGGUGCCAGCCCUGCGAGCUCGUGCAGGACAGCAGGGAGAUCGAACUGGAGGAGAAGAGCUUCCAGUACAAGCAGUGAACGAUGCCUGCCUCCCAUUCUCCUAUUUUACGUCUUACCUCUGUGGCCCUGUCGGUGUCAAACCUCCAAAUCCUCGCUGCGUCAUUGAGUAUUGAUGGCAAGUUAUGUGAUGUCGACGUUACGCUCUCCUUCAUUCUCCUUGAUGUUUCCAUGGCUUUUACUGUAUGUAGUGUUAUUGAUGGGCAGUGCUGGUGAUUCGCCUUAAUUAUACAUCCUGAUCUCGCCCUUGAAGCUCUAAAAACGGAUAUCGUAUAUACAUCAGUUAACGGUACGCAUCCUCCGAUCAUUUUUGCGAGGAAUCCAUCUUUCUUGAUAU